CCGUGCAGCGUAGUGUACCGGGAAGGCGGAAGGAAGAUGGCGGCGCUGGCUUCGGAGCUGCUGCUUCUGAGCGACUCGAGCCGUUUCCGCGCGGAUAACCUGCUGAGCAGCGAGGACUGGGGUGGGUGCUCGGCGGGGGCGGGGGGGGGAGCCGGUGGGCGGAGCUUGUUUGGGGUGGGCGGGACGUGGCUGUUGGGGAAGGGGCUGCAAAGGCGAAGGAGGUGGGAGGGAAGGAGGAUCCUGCGCUACCUUAGCCCACAGUUUAAACAGGUGAGCGACAGGCCCUCUGCGUCUCCACGAGGUGGAGGGGCGGAGCUUCACCUGGUGGGUGCCCACCUGCCAUGCACCUGCCGAAGGGGGCUCCAGUUCAGUCCCCUGCAUAGCUGUCAACGUUUCCAUUUUUGAAAGGGAAAUUCCCUUAUUCCGAACAGGAUUCCUCGCAAGGAAAGGGAAAAGUUGACAGCUAUGGCCCCCUGCAACGCAGGAACCUUUCACCCAACGUGGGACUCAAGACCCUAAGAUUAAGCUAUUGUAAGCAACUACAUACAUUGGUAGGAUUGACUGAAAACUUGUAGUACAAAAUUGAACUAUGAAUUGACAAAGCUUUUAUAAAAAUAAGAGUUACGGUAGAGAUGCCAAGGGGGGAUCCAUUACAUUAAGAUCCACAAUAUAGGGGGAGGGAAGUCAGAAGGGAUUGUAUGUUUAUGUUUUGAAUUCAUUUAUGUAAAAUAGGAAAAUGCAAAAAUAAAAUUUAUUAAAAAUAAUAAUUUUUUAAAAGUGUCUCAUGCUCUACCGACUGAGCUUAUGCUUCAGGGAUGUGUGAGUUGUUGCCUUAACAAAGAUCUGGAGGUUCACAGGUCCCCACCUCCCACAACGCCAUCCAUCGUGUUCGGGACACGUUGACUUUAGUCUUUGAAGUACCACAAGGCUGCUUGUGCUUUGUUUUUGUUCUUUACCUGUCAUAAUAAUGUAGUUGAGGCCAAAGGCACCUGCUAUGAGGUAAAGGACAAACCAUGUGUGGUCUUUUUAUUGUUGUUGUUUUUUAACAAACUACAAUGUGUAAACAACAUCAGCGAAAAUUGAAAAUAUACAUGCUGUGAAAUGAGGGGGAAAUCUUUAAAAUAUAUUAGUGGAUUCAGUCAAACUGGCAAAAACAUGCUUAUUUCUAUUACUGUGGAGUGAGUUGUUUAUGUGGCUAAUCACCAGAAUCUAGAAUUCCAGAACGGUAUUAUAAGGGGGAGCAGCUCUAGUUGUAUUUGGGGAGAAGGUGGGAGCAAAGCCUUGCUUAAUGCAUACACCCACAGAUGUGCUUGGUAUGGACUGUAAGUGAAAAAGGAGAGCAGUAAAGGGUGAAAACAUGUUUUGAGUCUGUUCCUUGCCCUACUGACUGCCCCUUCCCAUUCUCCCCGCAGAUGCAGGUCUGUACAGCUGCCUGGAAGACGAUGGGGAUGUGGCAGCUGAGCUCUUCCCCUGCCUCGAACGCAGCAUUGUGGAUGGCGGCUGUGCCCAUUCCCUGGUGAGAGCUGCCUCCUCCCACAUGCCUUCCUAGAAAAGGCUUUUUACUUCCUUUAUGAUCCCUCCCAUUGCAGAGCAGCAUGCUCUUCUCACCUCCUGUUUAUCUUUUAUCCACUCCCUGCUACUUAACAUCAGUCCUUAAUGCUGUUUGUCUUGAGGACCUGCUCAUCCUCAUUCCUGUUGCUACAUCUUCUGAGGGCACAUGCAUGCAUAAUGAGGCUUGUGCAUGAUAUAGGGAUGUUUAGGGAAGGUUUUAAUGUUUGAUGCAUUACUGUAUUUUAAUAUUUUGUUGGAAGCUGCCCAGAGUGGCUGGGGAAGCCCAGCCAGAUGGGCGGGGUAUAAAUAAUAAAUUAUUAUUAUUAUUAUUAUUAUUAUUAUUAUUAUUAUAGGACAGUGGUGGCGAACCUUUUAGAGACUGAGUGCCCAAACUGCCACCCAAAACCCACUAAUUUAUCGCAAAGUGCCAACACCGCAAUUUAAUAUGGGAUAAUAAUGAUUGUCUGCAUGCACACAUAAAAAUAAAUAUACCAUAAUAAAAAUGUGGGGAGGAUUGGCAGGAGCUGUGGAGCUUUUGGGGGGAUGGACGUGCAGAUAAACACUAACAUGCAUGGACAACAUUUCCUGUAGCAGGCUGAAGCUACAAAUCGUCUCAAUGCUCACCAGCAGCAGAGAAAAAAACCAACCCUUGACACAGCCACAAGUCACAUGCAAUAUCGCCACUGACUAUCUUCUGCUUAUGGCAGCAAACAACCCAACCAAUCCCGGUGUGGGAGGGGGAGCGGUGCGGCCGAAUGUCAGCUGGUUGGCGGGUGUGCAAAUCCCCCAACGCUGCUGCAGCUGGCGUGUGCUAUAGGGAGUGUUUCCUGCCCACAGUGCUGGGGGAGGAGCGGCUGCCCACUUUGCCAACCCCCAGGAACCUGCUGGGGCGAUGGCGCGUGUGCCAACAGAGAGGGUUCUAUGAGUGCCCACUGGCACGUGUGCCAUAGGUUCUCCACCACUGGUAUAGGAUGGUGUGAGCUGGGUUUGCAUCUGGGAGAUCCAGGUCCCUUAUCUUCACAGUGAAAGGGGCAUUUUCCUCUUUAGAUUGCAUGUACUAGAUUUAUCUGUGUUCACCUUGGUCCUUGAAUAAGCUGCCCAGAUGUGUACUACCAAAUCUGUGAUGCCAAGCCACAAACUCUCAUCUCCUGCUACAAGUUUAGCCCACUCUUGCCCUACAAAACUAUAAACCCCAUACUUGUUAAUAAGCUACACCCACAAUAAUGCCCUCAAAUUCCCAGCUUUCACUGGCUUGUUGCCUGUCGGCUGUGCAUGCGUAUUAAUAUAUAUUCAUUCAGGAUGUACAGAAGGCGAGAAGGGAAGCACUCCACCAUCUCUGCUAAAACACUAACAAUGUGUGGUUCAUCUUCUCCCUGAAAUGUUUCCUUUACAGUGGAAAUGGAAUGUUGUAACAUUAAGAAUUGAUGCACGAGUUUGCAUUUUUCUUCUCCCCGCAUAAUUCCUUUUUCUGUUGCAUCAUUUAGAUUGUAAACCUGAAGCCUUAUUACUGAUCUUUGCAAGCUGCUUAUUUAUGGCCAAAGACUGGGGUGAAAAUGCUUCACAGAAAGACACACACACAGAUCAGUUUUGUUUUCUCUCCUAACUCUCUUGGCAGCAGUUCAGUGAUGGGUUCGACCUGGACAUGGAAACGGUGCCCCCGGACCCACCUUGGGACCCACUGCACGACUCUCUCUUCCCAGGUAAGUACCUUUGUGAGAUUGUGAGAGGGCUGUUGAGAGCCUGAGAGAUGCCGAGCUGUAUGUAUAUGGUAGGACGAUACAGUAUACAAGCGUGUGGACCAAGUGCAUGGGGACGAGACCCACAUUAGGCUAGAUUGUCUUUGGGAGUUAAUGCAAAGAAUGUGCCAGCACUCUUGGUGGAGGUGCAUGGACAAGAUCCCAGGUCUGAUUCCCCUGUCUCUCCAGUUUAAAAAGGUCUCAGUGAAACAUUGGAGAGGCACUGCCAGUCAGAGUCUAGAAUACUGGACUAGGUAGAACCCAUGGACCAGUUGGUAUAAAGCAGCCCCAUGCUACAGAGGGAGAUCCCUUUCUUCCACUUUUGAGGGGUAGAGGAGGGGGCUGUUGCCUUCAGGCCCUCAUCAUGGGUUCACCAGAAACAUCUAACUGGCCACUGUCAGACAGCGGGUUAGAUGGGUCAUUGGUCUGUUACAGCAAGACGGUUGUUUUUUCUGAGCCUCAAUAUGGUUUGAACAGCCUAGAAUUAACAUGGAGCAAAGUUUUUUUCCUCCCCCAUCCUGGACCACCUAGUUUCUAUAGUUUCUAUAUAUAAGUCUUAUAUUUAUUGCCAGCAACUAAACUGGCUGGUGGGUAGAGCAGCAGAAGGGGUGAGAGGGCAUAUUGCUUUCACUGAUCUCCCUAAGCUCUGCCCUACCAGCUAAGGCUCAAAACCACAAAUAACCUGUGUUUGGCAGUUUCCCUCUUCUUCCUGAAGGCAGCUUGGCAGGGGUUAAGCAGCCCUUUGCCAUUGGACAGCAAUCUAGCCCAUUUCAGGGCUAGACUGGGCUUCUUGGUAACAAGGAGCUUCUCUUUGCCUUGGCACCUCCCAGACCAAUACUUGUCCAGUAUUUAUUUUCAGUGCAAACUUCCCAGGGGGCACAGAGGAGAUAAGUUUGAGCGGCUUCUUUGUUUCCACGGUUGAAGUGGCUGGCAGUGAAAGCAUGUUAGUGAUUUGUUCCCCUUCUUCCUUUAGAGCUGCAGGUGAAGUCGGAGCCUGUCUCCCCCGCCUCGUCGCAUUGCUCUGAUUCCUCUACGCUGUCCUCUUCCUCCUCCUCCUCCUCUGCUGAUCUCUCAGGGCAGGUAUGCUUGUCGGACCUCUUGUUACAGUAGAAUCUUGCCACCUGCCCCUUAAGCUCUUGUGCUCAGGCCUGCGCUUUUCUCUCGCAGGCCCCUGGCCAGGCCGACGUGAUGGGAGUGAAGACCGAGCAACCCCCCACCCCUCCGUGCAUGUAUGGAGAUGUCCUACCCCCCCACUUUGGCACGGUGCAGAUCAGUGUCGUCCCGGCUCCUGAGACAGGUAUGUAGUGGAUGAGAGAGAGUGAGUAGAAAUAGCAAGUGCCUAGGGAGAAAGGGGAGGAUGCGGGUGGCGCUGUGGGUUAAACCACAGAGCCUAGGGCUUGCCGAUCAGAAGGUCGGCAGUUCGAAUCCCUGCGACGGGGUGAGCUCCUGUUGCUGCGUCGCUGCUCCUGCCAACCUAGCAGUUCGAAAGCACGUCAAAGUGCAAGUAGAUAAAUAGGUACCGCUCUGGCGGGAAGGUAAACAGCGUUUCUGUGCACUGCUCUGGUUCGCCAGAAGCCGCUUAGUCAUGCUGGCCACAUGACCCGGAAGCUGUACGCCAGCUCCCUUGGCCAAUAAAGCGAGAUGAGCGCCGCAACCCCAGAGUCGGUCACAACUGGACCUAAUGGUCAGGGGUCCCUUUACCUUUACCUUUACCUUUAGGGAGAAAGGGAUGCAAAUUAAGUCAAUAUGAGACUCCUGUGGCAUUUAGUUUAACCUAAUACAGUGCCCUUCAGAAAAGCGGCUUCACUGAUCAGCUUGUUCUGUUACAGGGAAACCGGCCGCUUCCAAUAAAGCCGAGAGCAUUCUCAGCCGGAAGCCCCCCAUUCAGCCAAAGCCAGUUGUGGUCACCACUGUCCCAGUGCAGCCUGCAGCCACGUCCAGUAAGACCAUCUUAUUGCAGCCUGUACCUGUGUCCCAGCCGCAGGCUAUCAACCCAGCGAUUUCAGGUAAUGCUUUUGCUGGCUGGGGGUUGUGAUCCAGAGCAUGUGAAAGGCCACAGAUUGGGCAGUGCAGAAACAGAGAAAGGUUCGGCUAAUAGGAGCCUGCUUGAACCCCGGUUCCAAGUGCAACCGAACACGCUGUACUAAGGGGCACACAAGUCCUCUUUUCAGAUUUCCCUAAUGUUGUUAAACGUGGCCCCCAGCUGCACAGUUGCACCCUUGAGGGCUUCCCUUGGCAUCCACCGGUCCUCUGAGCCCCCCUUGGUUAUGAGGUAGUCAGGGUGGUUGCCAUUUUUCACCUUCGAAAAGUACGUAGAGCUGAAGUUGGAAGAGUGCUACUCUCUCCCCCCACCCUUUCAGCUCUCUGUGCUUUUUAAGGCUCACUCACUUCAUUGGAGCUGGCGUUCUCCUUCACAGUGUGCUUUCUCGGUCUCUUGGGAGGGGGCUGAUCAUGGGGAGAGAAGUGACUUGGGGCCACCUUGCUCAAAAGCCCAAAUGUGCCCACGAGGCUGAAAACCUUUCAAACUGAUUUUAAUUGUGUUCUUUCGCUGCUUUGUUGUUUGCUACCCUGGGGUCCUUUGGGAGGGAGAGCAGUAUAGAAAUUUAAUAAUGAAUGAAAAGAACCUUUUUUUGUGGGGCAAAACUACAAUGUAUGUGUGGCAGGCAUGGAUUUAUAGGACCUUGCCUUCUUUUUUAACCUCAGUUCCAGCGCAGAGUGUUGUGAUUUCCCAGUCUGAGCUGCUGCAUCUCCCCGUCUCUGGGCUGAUCAAGGUCCAGUCCCCUCUAAAGGAAAGUCUCCCGGCAAAGCCAGCUCCCUCUGCCCCCAAACCAGAAACCAAAACUAUUGUCCCGGCGCCAACGCAGAUAGGACCCUGCAACCAAGAGAUUGAUGUAAGUACCUUUCGGCCCCCUUCUUUCUGCUGCUCCAGGGGUCACCAGUCCUGUCCUGGGACUUCUCCUGAACACAUGUGAUGGGGGUGGUGGUUAUAUGGCUGAACAUUAUGGCCACAUGUGUGCUGUGUGUUUGUAUUUGUGUUUGUAUGCCCCACAGAGAGCCUCAAGGUCCAUAAAUAGCAACAGCCUAGUGGUCCCGGGCCCUAAGGAAGUCAGAUUAGCCUCAACCAGAGCCAGAGCCAGGGCCUUCUCAACAGUGGCUCCGGCCUGGUGGAAUGCUCUGUCUCAUGAGACCAGGGCCCUGCAGGAUCUGAUUUCUUUCCACAGGGCCUGUAAGACAGAGUUGUUCCGCCUGGCCUUGGAGCCAAUUUGAUUCCCUCCCCCUCUUUCUUUUUCCUUUUUCCUUUCUCCUCCUGUGAUGAGGCUGCAUUUUAAUAUUUUAAUGUUUCAAUAUUUUAAUGUUGUAUUUUAAUUUUGUCUUUAAGUUGUAGUCAUUCAACUUGUUUUUAUUAUUGCUUGUUAGCAGCCCUGAGCCCUGCCUUGGCUGGGGAGGGCGGGGUAUAAAUUAAAAAAAAAAAAUUAUUAUUAUUAUUAUUUUAACCCAAUGACAAUUGGAGGGCCGCAGCCUCCGCAUCUCUGUUUUAAAGCGCGAGUGUAUGCAUGUGUGUGUGUGUGUGUGUGUGGGAGAGAGAGAGAGAGAGAGAGAGAGAGAGAGAAUAUAGCAUUCCCCACCCCCUUUGCUAAUUCCCCAAAGAUCAAGGUACUUAAAAGGCAGCAGCGGAUGAUCAAGAACCGUGAAUCGGCCUGCCAGUCGCGGCGGAAAAAGAAGGAAUAUCUGCAAGGGCUGGAGUCUCGGCUGCGGGAGGCCCUGACGGAUAACGAGCGGCUGCGGCGGGAGAACACGCUCCUUCGCCGCCGGCUAGACUGUGUCCUGAACGAGGUGAGUGUCUGCCGGCCAGACCUGCAGCUUUGUUGGGUCCCUCACACACCCCGCACCGUGUGUGCCUGCAUAUUUGUCCACCCGCAUUACAUCCACAUUUCAGCAAUUUGUGGAUUACCAGCAGGACUGCAACAAAAUGCUGCAGUGUAGCUUUGCCUUCCAACAGGAGCUCUUCUGUUCUGGAUGUCAGCCAGUGACACUCAGUACCCCCCGCGGCUGCCAAGCCUGCCUGCAUGGUUCUCACUGAGCUGAUUUUCAGGCUGGUGGAGAGGUGGGAUUGCCCUGUUUGAGUUUAAUUUGAGUUUAACUUCUGUAAACCUCGGGGUUCCUUUGAGCAAGCAUGAACCUCUCUCGUUCCUCUGCAGUCCCACUUUAACUCCAGUCCUGUUGGCCCUCACCACCUGAGCUCCCAGUACAUUUCUGAGCACAAUUCAAAGUGUUGGUGCUGACCUUUAAAGCCCUAAACGGCCUCGGCCCAGUAUUCCUGAAGGAGCGUCUCCACCCCCAUCAUUCUGCCCGGACACUGAGGUCCAGCGCCGAGGGCCUUCUGGCGGUUCCCUCACUGCGAGAAGCCAAGUUACAGGGAACCAGGCAGAGGGCCUUCUCGGUAGUGGCACCUGCCCUGUGGAAUGCCCUCCCAUCAGAUGUCAAAGAGAAAAACAGCUACCAGACUUUUAGAAGACAUCUGAAGGCAGCCCUGUUUAGGGAAGCUUUUAAUGUUUAAUAGACUAUUGUAUUUUAAUAUUCUGUUGAAAGCCGCCCAGAGUGGCUGGGGAAACCCAGCCAGAUGGGCAGGGUAUGAAUAAUAAAUUAUUAUUAUGAGCCUGCUAUUAGAGUGAGUGAUUAUGGUACAACAGGAGAGGCCGUGGCCCAAGAAACUCUACCUGACUGCCUCUUACACGUUUGCUUGGGUAGUUGCGUGACUGCACACGAGUCUCACCUCUGCAGGUGGAUGGAGUUUGGAGUGAACACGUGAGAGCCAGAAUGCAGGGUCAUCCUAAGGAGUCUGGCAGUGUGGUUUUCAUUCUGCCUGUUCUGCCUCUCCUUGCAGGAGAAAAUAAGGGAACACAUGUCAUGGCCCUCUUCCUGUGUGGACUAAGACUUCCUCCUUUCCCAUAUCUGUCUUCCCUCCUGUGCUGGGCAGGGGUGGGCUUUUCAUAGCUGCUGAAACGUAUCACUUCUGCAUCUAUAAAUGCCUCGCCAGCACUGAAAUGCUUACACCUCUUCUGGGGAGGUGUUAUUGUAUUUAUAUUUAUAUUUAUAUUCAUAUUCAUAUUCAUAUUUAUGUUUAUAUUAUUUACCACCCUUCAUCAUAAAUUCCAAGUCCUCCCCUCCCAAAUACAAUAUAUAAUAAACAUUAAGACACAAACAGGAAACUAAAGCAGCAGUAAAAACUGUUCUAGUGCUUAGUUACCAAUAAUAAUAAUAAUAAUUUUUUAUUUAUGCCCCACCCAUCUGGCUGGGUUUCCCUAGAUACUCUGGGCAGCUUUCAAGAGAAUAUUAAAAUACAAUCGUCUAUUAAACAUUAAAAGCUUCACUAAACAGUAAAAAGAGUUUUUUCCCCACAAGUUUGGUUCCAGUGGCUCGGCUGCUAUCAUCUCCAUUGUUUUAUGAAGAACAGCAGUCUGCUUUCAAAAUAAUUGGUGUUUGGUUCUGUUUGUCUUGAAAUCCUUAAACAUGACAUUUGGAUGCAAGUGGUUAAUGGAAAGCUUCUCUUCAGUGAUGGGAACCUUUGUCUAGAUGUUUUCUAGUUUGUCUCACUCUGUACGAGAAGUCGGCUGGGCCGUCUACCAGUGCCAUGCAGGGCUACGAUGAUGCCCACUCCCCAAAGGGGAGCCCCAAACUCUCACAAUCCCAUUGGAAGGGACACAGAAGGGACACAGUUGACGUCCCUUGGCUAAAUAAUAAUGAUUUGGGCACUGCAAGGGCAGUGAGGCUUCUUUUUUAAAAAAGGUUUUUAUUGUUAAAAUAAUUCAGCUUUAAUACACACAUAUUGCAAAUAUACAAGCAUACAAACAUACAUUUUAUACAAUCCUUAAAAAUGUUCAAACAUACCUACACUCAAUCCCACGGAUAAUUCCUUUUCCCAUCACCAUCCACCACCCCUCACCCCACCUUUGUGUUAGACUUCCAAUCUACUCAAUUGCAAUUUCUUUCCACUUCUAUUACUUUCUUUCACACACCUUUAACCUACUUUCAUGCUUCUUUUUCUAUUACACAUUGUUAUCCAUCUUAUUUAGUAUUUCAGUAUUUAAAACGGAACUUGUUUAUUCUACUAGGAGUUCUGAUUUUUCGAUAUGGUUUUGCAAGUAUCCUUUAAACACCUUCCAGUCCCUGUCUAUCCUCUUUUGAGAUCCUUCCAAUUUCUCCCAUUGUUUUGGAUAUAUUGUAGCACUCCAAUAAUUUGGUAAGCCACUCUGUUUUUGUUGGUAUAAUACCAAGUCUCAGUGCCGGGGAAAAUUGGAAAAGUGGUAUUAUACCGGGAGUGAGACUUCUAAGUGGGCGACAUGCCUCUGUGGCCAUAACCACAUGUUUCUUGCCUUCUCCCUGCAGAACAAUGAGCUGAAAUUUGGCUCUGGCAACCGGAAAGUCAUCUGCGUCAUGGUGCUGCUGCUCUUCAUAGCUUUCAACUUUGGGCCUGUCAGGUGAGGCUUCAGAGUGCUUGCGGGUGUCCCUCCAGUCCCACAAUUGGGGAGUGAAUGACUUUGCUAGGCAGUCCCUGUCUGGGAGCCUCUGAAGUUGGCAAGGCCCCAGAGAAAUUGGUUUCACUCGUAGGUGGUGAAGCUGGCAUGUGUAGGCUUGCUGGAUGUUUGGCAAAGUUUAGCAGACUGGAUAGGGAAGCAUAUUUCCUGGGUUGAAGUUGGACUAGAGCCCUGAAAGCUCUCCCCACCCUGCAUUUCUUGUAGGCAACUCUCCUUUUUGCAUCACGCUAGGAAAGGAGUCACAUGCUGUGACUCAGUGCGCUGUGACCUAAACCACUGAGCCUCUUGGGUUUGCCAGUUGGAAAAUCGGCGGUUCAAAUCCCCAUGAUGGAGUGAGCUCCUGUUGUUUUGUUCCAGCUCCUGCCAACCUAGCAGUUCAAAAGCAUGCCAGUGCAAGUAGAUAAAUAGGUACCACACCGGCGGGAAGGUAAACGGUGUUUCCAGGCGCUCUGGCUUCUGUAACGAUGUUCCAUUGAGCCAGAAGUAGUUUAGUCCUGCUGGCCACAUGACCCAGAAAUCUGUCGGUGGACAAACGCUGGCUCCCUUGGCCUGAAAGUGAGAUGAGUGCCGCAACCCCAUACAGUGGUACCUCGGGUUAUGAACGUAAUUCAUUCUGGAGGUCCAUUCUUAACCUGAAACUGUUCUUAACCUGAAGCACCACUUUAGCUAAUGGGGCCUCCCGCUGUGUCGCCACCACACAAUUUCUGUUCUCAUCCUGAAGCAAAGUUCUUAACCCGAGGUACUAUUUCUGGGUUAGCACGAGUCUGUAACCUGAAGCGUCUGUAACCCGAGGUACCACUGUAGUCACCUUUGACUGGACCUAACCAUCCAGGGGUCCUUUACCUUUACAGAUAGGUUCAUAGAUAUUUUAAUGAAAUAAAAAUGAUAAUAAAGAAAGCUCUGACCUCUUUGGUAGAGUGUCCCUGAAUUCCUCUAGGGAACUUAACUCCCCGUUUCCAUCUCUCCAGCAUCAGUGAGCGCAAGGUGGCAGACGUGGAGCUGCCGAAGCAGGAGGUGGAGGCUGGCCCUGGCCGGAGGCACCUCUUAGGCAUUGCGGAGGAGACCCACGACACUCCAGAGGAGGAGCAGGAAGAGCGGCAAGAGGAGGCCCCAGCCAGGCUGAGAAAGGCACAGUUCCGGUAAAUUUGGGGGGCAGGCAGGAGAAACAACAAGGCGGUGAAGAGAAGAAGAAACAAUCUGCCCGUGCAUCUCUCUGUAAAAAAUAUUUUGGGGGCCCUGGCAACCAGGAAGAAGUCCUUGACUGUGUUUGGAUGCGAUGCUAACCCAGGGGUGAGGGUCCUCAGGCUUGGAGAGGGCCGACAAUCGCCCUCCAUGCCUCUCUGGCGGCCCCAUUUGACUCUGCCAACUCAUACUCCCCUCCCCAGGCCUUCCUUUAUUGACUUAUUGCAUUCCUGCCCCACCCAUUUCUCCCAAGGAACUAAAGGUGACAUUGGAAGUUUCUGAGCAGAGCUUGGAUGGCCAUGAGUCAUGGAUGAUUUAGUUGAGAUUCCCGCAUUACAGAUGUAUGGUGUAAAAUGCAAAGUUGGUUUGGCAGGAAGGGAAGGGGACUGUCCAACUGCAGCCAGCCCACCUCAUUCUGUUCUUGAAACAUGUGGUUUUGCUCCAGGUUGAGCAGCUACUUACAGAUUGUGCGACUCCCAAAUCACCAUGUGCUCUUCUCAGCUCUCCCUCAACACUUGAUUUCCUCUCUCGGCCAAUCACUAUUUAAAAUUCACAUUUUCUUCUCUCUCUCUCCACCCCCCCCCCAAGAAACUUGUCGGCUCCCUUCUCUGACAUGAAGGACCUGAUGCUCAGGGACUUGGACAAGUUGUUCCUCGCUUCCGAUUGCCGCCAGUUCAACCGCACUGAAUCCCUCAGGUGGGUCCUGGGGCAGGAGAAGGGAGGGGGUGCUAAGCAUUUUGGAGAGGACUUUUGUGAGCAUUGAGGCCUGGGAACAUUGUGGGUGACCCUUCUGCCUGCGUCCUCAUCCCCCCUACAGACUGGCAGACGAGCUCAGCGGCUGGGUCCGCCGGCACCAGAUCAACCGCAGGAAACCCUCACAGUCUCGCAAAGCAGCUCAAGCCAGCCAGGUGUGAUGUGGAUUGUGGGGAGGCAACUGGGCAGGGAAAUGGAGGGGUGCAGUGGCGAUAAUCCCUUGUGGGGCUAGACAAGGGCGCCCAGAAUCUUACUGUGGUUUGCCAAGAAGGUUGAGGGCAGGGCCAGGGGCUCUGUUGCUUCACAGCCUUUUCAUAUCCUAAUUUCAUUCUUCAUUUCAGGAAAAGCCACAAAAGAAGCCCCCUAGCCCCUCCCGCUACGUCCCCGCCAGCCCCCCCAGGCACCCUGAGAGGUAAGCAGCUUCUGCACCAAAUUGUUUUGAGUUAGCUCCCUUUUUCGAUGUGGAAACACCCUGCCCCUCUGGCUGACAAGCUAACCCCCUUCCCAACACACACGAGGAAAAGGGAUCAGGGAGGGAAGAGGAAGAACUCAAACUCCAGCACCAAUUCUUAAGUUCUUAUAAUGACCAGCUGGCAUUAUAAGGGGUAGGAGGUGCGCAAUUGAGCUGGCCUCUCACAGCAGAACGGAUGGGGUGAGCCCUGCUUCCCAUCUCCCCCCCAGAGACUGGCUAAUGGAACAGCUGCCUCCAGGGCUAAGGGAGAAGAGGCCUGGUGGAGCCUCUUCAAAUUGGCUCCUUGCUUCGUUGCUCCCUCUACCCACCCGCUGGAGACUCCAUUCCUGUGUCCCGUGACAGUGAUGAGGUGGAGGGAGCCCUUAUGUUUGCAAACAGAUCUCCUCUCCAACCCCUCCUCCUCCUCUGCCUUUCCAGGAAUUCCCUCAGUCAGCUGCAGGUAUACCAGCACCCUGACCACACAGAACACGACUUCAUGGACGCGAUUGACCGCCGCGAGGAUACUUUCUACGUGGUGUCCUUCCGCAGGGUGAGUAAAGAGCGGCUUGCGGGGCACUGAGAGAGUUGAGCAGGCAGUGCGGCGCCCCAGAUUUUGCAUUGCACAAUGUUCUCCUUCAGGCAUGUGGCUCCAGAGAGAGAGCUGAGAAGAAAGCAGUAGAGGAAGGAAGCCCUUGGGCAGAAGAUUACAGGUUGCAUAAAGGCACACUGGGGCAAAGAUGCAAAUGGAGAAUUUUCCCUUCUCGGAAGCCACCAGGCAGGAGUGCCUAACCUGUGGCCCUUCCUGUAGUUGCUGAACUACAACUCCCAUCAGCUCCUUCCAGCAUGGCUGGCGCUCAGGGAUGCUGGGGCUGUCCCCAGGCCACAUCCCUUUCACAGCCAUACCCCGUUCCUACCUCUGCUUUGCACCCAUCUUUUAAAUGUUUUUUUAAUAGCUGGGAUAAUAGAAUUGUAGAAUUGGGAGGGACCAUGAGAGUCACCUUGCAAUGCAGGCGUCUGGGAUGAUGAACACAGCUCCUUGGGCCGGCAUUUGUGGAGUCUGGGAGCCAAACGGGGAGAGGUUGUCAGGGCGUGUCCUUGAACUCCAGCACACCCUGGGUCUCUUAAUUCUUACAUCAGUGAUGAUUUUGUCAUGAAAGCCCACUCAGUAUUGAUCCAGAGCAGAACUCCGACUUAGAGUUAGCAGAGUAAAAACUUAAACACAUUGCAGGAUUCCCAAAGACCAGAGGCAAUUGUAUUUCAUCCAGCAGAGCUUUACUGCUUCUGAAGGCCAAUGAGCACAAUGGUCACAAAUCCAGUACAUUCAGGACUGGCACUGUCCAUAAGAAAUCCAGUUGCAGCAGACUUAACUUAAACUUACAAUAACUUCUAAUAAGUCUAUGUACAGAACACCACACCAGACGGAAAAGAGAUAGAAAGAGAAAGUCAAACCCAGGCUCCUUCUGGCCUUACUAUUAUAGUCAGCAUGACCUUGUCAGAAAAAAUAACAGAACCAGUUUAGGCCAGCUGUACUCAGCCUCUCUGAAGCAAUAACCCAAACAUCAGGAGCCUUCAGCUUGCUUCUUUCACACAGAGAAGCUUCCAGAACCCUCCUGAAUUAAGUAGAGUAGGAAAGAUCUCUACACAUCAGAUCAAUACAUACUUUCUGCACAAAGAAAUGCAAACUGACAGAUUUUCCUCUCCUGUCUUUCCCCCUCUUUAACCUUAGGAUCACUUGCUGCUGCCUGCCAUCAGCCACAACAAAACCUCCCGCCCAAAAAUGUCACUGGUGAUGCCAGCCAUGGCUCUCAACGGUAAAAAAAAGAAAGAAAAGAAAACGUGCGGGUGGACUUGAGGACUUUGUGUCCAAAUGUUUUGUGCCAGAUGCAGUCACCGACUACAUCUGCAUCUCCAUAUCUAUAUAUAUGUAUAUCCCUUUGGCGCUGUUUUCUAAACUACUGAGCCUCUUGGGCUUGCCGAUCGGAAGGUCAGCGGUUCGAAUCCCUGCAAUGAAGUGAGCUCCCAUUGCUCUGUCCCAGCGCCUGCCAACCUAGGAGUUCGAAAGCACACCAGUGCAAGCAGAUAAAUAGGUACCGCUGCGGCGGGAAGGUAAACAGCAUUUCCAUGCGCUCUGGCUUCCAUCACGGUGUUCUGUUGCACCAGAAAUGGUUUAGUCAUGGUGGUCACAUGACCCGUAAAUCUGUCUGUGGACAAACGUUGGCUCCCUUGGACUGAAAGCGAGAUGAGCACUGCAACCCCAUGGUCACCUUUGACUGGACUUAAGCGUCCAGGAGUCCUUUACCUUUACCUUUCUUUAACCUAUAUUAUUAUUAUUAUUAUUAUUAUUAUUAUUAUUAUUAUUACUAGGAUGCGGGUGGCGCUGUGGGUUAAACCACUGAGCCUCUUGGGCUUGCCAGUUGGAAAAUCGGCGGUUCGAAUCCCCACGACGGGGUGAGCUCCCGUUGCUCGGUCCCUGCUCCUGCCAACCUAACAGUUCGAAAGCAUGAACUGCAAGUAAAUAAAUAGGGAAGGUAAACGGCAUUUCUGUGCGCUGCUCUGGUUCGCCAGAAGCAGCUUAGUCAUGCUGGCCACAUGAACCGGAAGCUGUACGCCGGCUCCCUUGGCCAAUAAUGUGAGAUGAGCGCCUCAACUCCAGAGUCGUCUGUGACUGGAACAAUGGUCAGGGGUCCCUUUACCUUUACCUAUAUUAUAAAAUUUAUACUAUAAGGUGCCAGGGCAGGUUACAAUAAUGUUAUAUACAGUUGGGGGGAAAGACGACCAUUCUCAUUCCCUCCAGAGGGAGCGUAUAAAUUCUAUGAAGCAAAUAUGAAACAAAUAAGAAUCGCCUUCUUGCUUUGUUUUCUUUCUCCCCCAGAGAGCCUGUACAAUUCGUCCCUGGGCUACGAAGUGAUGAUGCAGAUAGACUGUGAGGUCAUGGACACCCGCGUCAUCCACAUCAAGAGCUCCACGGUGCCUCCCUUCCUGAGGCGGCAUGACGCUGCCACCCGCGACAACCGCACUCACCCUUCUUCCCCGCCGGCCUUUUCCGGGAGAGCGACGGCCCGCGCGGCCUUGCGGGCCCCCAGGCCCACCUUGCCCUCAGGCCGGCGGCCCCCGCAGCGCACCCUGUACCUCGGGGAGCACGGGGGAGGGGGCUAACCCGGCCCAGGCCCUGCUGGGAAGGGUAGAAAAGGGAGGCCCCACCACCCCGACGACACGGGGGAGAAGAGCACCCUUAACGGAAAGUGGGGGCCCUCGCGCCAGGGGAACGGACCCGCCCCCUCAGUGGAACUCCUGCUCGUGUCGAGAAAUGGGCUAUGCCACUUCUGUCAGCUGAUCUCACGGCUGCCUCCAGGAGGGGUCAGUGGGGAUUGGAUCCUGCGGUUCGGGGUGCUGGGGGCUGGCACCGCGGACACUACCUCCCCCUACAACGCCCCCCCACACUUCGUGGCCCAGUUGAGACUUUCUGUGCGCCUCUGCUGCCCCCUGAUGGCUGAGACUAAGGAACCUGUGCAUUUGGGUAAAUGUGGGAGAGUGAGGAAGGGUGUCUCUUUUAAACUACUGUCUCCAAUUGUGUGUGUGUGUAUGUGUGUGUGUGUGUGUGUAGGAGAAGGGCAAAGGGAAGUUUGCAAAAUGCAGUGUGUGUGUGUGUGUGUGUGUGUACGUGUAUACUCCCCUCCCAGUUUCUCUGAUGGCACUUAGAUCUGCCCCCUUUGGAUCCUCCUUGUGUUUUUUUUAUUUUAAAAAAAGGAUAAAUAAUAGCUGCAAAAUAAACUUAAUAUGUGACCAGAACAGUUUUCUCUUGCUUUCCCCCC